UUAGCGCGAAGCGUUUGAGUUUUCGAGGAAUAUUUUGCUGUUAGCAUUUGUGUGAUCUAGAACGACUCAGCUUACGUCUAUGGACGAGGACUGUCCCCGACUCGUUGAGGCGUGCAGUUCGCGUGUCCCUGUCACGAUUCUGACUGGCUGUCUAGGAGCUGGCAAGACGACUUUGCUAAAAUAUAUGUUGACAGAGUCUCAUGGGAAAAAGAUAGCUGUGGUUGUGAAUGAGUUUGGAGGAGGUCAACAGACAGAAGAAACAACUUAUCAGCAUGCUCGGAUGCUUUCUCCACCAACUGUCUCGCUACAAAUAUCAUGUCAACACAUCGAUGUUCUUUUCUAAACUCACACUGAUUCUGGUAAGAUGGUUUCAGCAAUGACUUGUAGCCUUUCCUGGAUAAUUCUUGCAAAUAUCUUACCGACAACAUCAAGUAAACUGAUGCCAUGCCAAUUGUCUCAUGACUGAAUUGACUUGAUUGCCACUUAGU